AUCCCACGGCCCUCAGCUCCAGCGUCGAGGGUCCAGCUCGUCCUCACGCAUACGCGGCGAAGCAACAGCAGCACCCAGCACUCAGCCUCUUGCGGCACACAGCCCGCCAUCGUCCGCAAGCACAUCUCUUCCUGCCUGCCCUCCACACUGCGCCGAGCGACUGCGCCCGCUCUCUCCGCCUUCUACGCCCAGCGACUGCGCCCAGCCCCGGCGUCCGCCUUGUGCGCUCACCGACUCUGGCUCAGCUCUGGUGUGCAGCUCCUGGCUCGCGCUCUCGCAGCGCUUGAGUCGGUGUGCCACGAGCGAGCGCGGUGGAGCGAGGGUCAGGAGAGCAGGAGAGGCGCCAGCCUCAGUCUCAGGCCCAGCGGCGUGCCCGGCGAGGCAGCGGCCAGCUAGCAUCAUGGCGACCGCCACCGCCCGGGCGUCGCAGCUCUCCGCGCUCUCCAUCCCGCCCUCUUCUUCCUCCUCGGCGCCACGCCAGCGCGUCAAGCCCGGCCUGCGUUCCUUCUCCGCCUCGGCGCACAAGCGCUCCUUCGCCUCGGCCGACUACGACCCGUACAUCGCCUAUCUCUCGCGCCAAGUCUACGCGGCCUUCUUCAGUCCCGAGUCGCGCUUCUACUGGCUCAUCGCCGCCGGACUCGGCGUGCUGGAAGUGGCCGUGCUGGCGGUGGUGAUUCGGAGGAUUGGAUACACAGAGAUCGACUUCUCAACGUACUUGGUUCAAGCUCGGCUGUUCUACAAAGGCACGCGCGAGUACUCGCUCAUCACCGGUCCAUCCGGGCCCUGCGUAUAUCCAGCACUCCAUCUCUACCUGCACACCCCCCUCGACUUUCUCACUGCGCAAGGCUCCAAUCUCGUGCCCGCACAAUGGCUCUACGCGGCGCUCUAUCUGGCCACUCAGGCACUCGUGUUUGAUCUCUAUCGACUGGCCCGCAUCCCGCCAAUUGUUCUUCCGCUACUCAUCAUCUCCAAGCGCCUACAUUCGCUCUAUCCGCUGCGCAUGUUCAACGACUGCUGGACCAUGUUCUUUCUCUACGCCGCAUUCAAUGCCGUGCUACGACGGAGGUGGAGAGCCGGGAGCAUGCUCUUCAGCGCCGCGCUCGGCAUCAAGAUGAAUGCCCUGCUGUUCGCGCCCGCAUUCGCAGUCGUCUAUCUGCGCUCUCUCGGCCUGGCGCGUGCCUUUCAACAAGGCCUGCUCGUCUUGCUCAUCCAAGUCCUGAUCUCGCUGCCCUUCACGCUGCAUCAUCCCAGCGCCUACUUCCACGGCGCCUUUGACUUCAAUCGAGCCUUUCUCUACAAGUGGACCGUCAAUCUGCGCCUGCUGCCCGAGGCCACGUUUCUCUCGCCGCGUACCGCAAGACUGCUCCUGGCGGGGCACGGCCUCGGCGUGGCGGCAUGGAUGACACGCUGGCUGUACGUGCCGGGAGCGGCAACGGUGCUGGAGAAGGUCAAGGGCUUGCUGAAGGGAGGAGAGGAACUCUCGGCGCGCUUCAUUCUUCUCUCACUCUUCACGGCCAACCUGCUCGGCAUGACCUUCUCCCGUUCGCUCCACUAUCAGUUCUACGCCUGGUACGCGCAUCAACUGCCCAUGCUGCUGUACUUCGUCAGGCUGCAUUGGGGGAUUCGCCUGGCGAUCUGGUAUGGCAUUGAGACCGCCUGGCUUACCUUUCCAUCGACGUCCUAUUCCUCCUCCUGUCUCAUCCUCGCACACGCCACGCUCCUCAUCGGCCUCUGGCGCACGCCGACCGAUCCACCCGUCAUCCCUCUAGCUGAAGGCGAGCCCCUGCUCUCCCCUCCUCUCGUCUCUCCUCCUCUCAACUCCCCCACCUCGCCCAUCCUCGGCGCACGCUCGCCGCGCUUGGGGAGAAAUAAUUCCUACUCAAAGUUCCGCUAAUGCUGCAU